AUGGCUGACGCGUGGACCACUUCGGUCAAAGCAACAGAUGAACAGGGCCGUCGGAAACGAGGCCGUCCCCCAAAGACUCCGCGUCCGUCUGCGACAACCCCCAGCGAUCAGACUUCCAAUGUUCACCUCCAGACGCCCCGGUUGCAGACCCAGCCUCUGCCGGCGCAAGCUGCCGUCAAUGUAUCACCUCCGCAGGCUUCUCCCCCGGAUAAAACGACGCCGACCAAGUCUACGCUCGUCAAGGCCCUACCCACCGUUAGGGAUCAUACGACAGACCAGCUUAAUGAAGAAGGCGACGAAUACAUCCCCAAGGAAUUCGAUGACGCUGGUGAAAAGAAGGUUGAUGCCAUGGGCUACCCUCAAGGAGGCCGAGAGUACAAGUGUCGCACGUUCCGCGUUCCUCUGCGUGGGAAUAAGCUUUUCAUGCUUGCGACCGAAUGCGCAAGGGUGCUGGGCUAUCGCGACUCGUAUCUCUUGUUCAACAAGAACCGGUCGCUGCACAAGAUCAUCGCGAGUCAGAUCGAGAAGGAUGAUCUCAUUCAGCAGGACAUCCUGCCCUACUCGUAUCGUUCGCGCCAGAUUGCUAUCGUGACGGCCAAGUCGAUGUUCCGUCAGUUCGGCAGCCGCGUGAUUGUCAAUGGGCGACGCGUCCGCGACGACUACUGGGAGAGCAAAGCACGGAAACAAGGAUUCACCGAGGAUGAUUUGGCUGGUGAGAAACGACCCGGCGGCGCGAAAGCCCGGGAUGCGGCGGCAGCAGAAGCGGCGGGCGCAGCGAACUUUCUACCCACCCUAACCCAUGGCGAUGUCAUCUACAGCAAUGCGCUGGAAUCGGUGCCUGGUAGCUUGCCUGUCGGCCCCCCAUCCUCGGUUUCCCUUGCGCCACCGCUCCCUAUGAUCCAUAUGGCCACCACCACCGAUGAUCCCCGGCUGCGGGAGUAUAACAGUAUGCCUCGCCCGCGUCAGGAAUUGACCGGCCAGCCUUUCCAGGAUCGCAUUCAGCCCAGCUCGGCCGCUGAAAUACUUAACCAGGCUUCACACACGGCCGAGUUCAACAAGAUUCUAACGUCACAACGGAGUUAUCGCCAGAAGGGCCUGGACGACUUUUACGCAAAGCAACGGGAGGUACCCGUUUCUGCAGCACAGUCACAGCCUGGCCAAUUGGAUUCGACACCAUCCGUGUCACAGCCCUUGCAGUCCCCACAGAUGGCCUCCACGGGAAUGAUGAACGCGGCUCAGUCGCAGCAGCCCAUGCUUUCCCAUCAGGCACCGAUUAUGUCUGGCCAGGCCGGUUUUCAGCCACCAGCGGCUCAUCAGCAGCCGCCUGUUGCACAGUCCCCUGUUCGGGGCGUACCCCCGGUCCGGCCCGAGUUGAUGCACCAAAGAUCUAACCCUGCCAUGGCUGCCGGGACGCCUCAGCCCCCUGGCCCUUAUGGAUAUCCCUCCCAAGCGCAGCAGAUGUGGGGUCAACCACCACCUCAGCCGCAACCAUCUCCGCUCUCUGCCGCUGGACCUCAGGGCGUCGGCAUGCCCCAGUUCCCGUCGCAGUUACAUACGCAACAAUCACCCUCGCCACUCGCACACUCCAUGCCGCAGCAGCAACAGCAGCAGCAGCAGCAUUCGCAAUCUCCUCGGAAUCACCCCCGACCUUCGGCGCCGCCGAUGCCUCAGACUUUCCCCAUGCAUCCUCAGCAGGCGCCUCAACAGCAGCCCAUGGCAUCCAUGGGAUUCCCUGGUGUCACGGCUGCGCCGUACCCAGCAGUGACUGCCGCCAGAGGCAUGUAUCCUUCGACGCAGGGUCCGGGUGGUCAACAGUUUAUGGCGGGCACUCCCCAGCAGCCUGGUUUGGCCAUGGGAAUGAGCGCCGGCGGUGCUAUGCCGGGAUGGCCUCCGGCUGGCCCCAUGCAGCCCGGUCAUCCGCAACCAGGCCAGUCCGGCACUCCUCUGGGAUGGUCCGGUUACUAG